AUGAAUAUAUUUAAGCAGAAGGAAAAGGCUCCAAGUUCCAUAUCUCAUAUUUUAAUGAAUAAGCAAAAAACAAGAUUCCCAGAACCGCUCAUUACAAUAAGACAACUGGAAGAAAAAGACAUAAACGAAGUGAGACAAUUACUACAUGAUCAUUUCAACUCGCUAACACUACCAGCUGUUAUAUAUUGGUCUAUACAACAUAUUUAUGACUUGCUAGUCAUAGUUGUUAUAAACUAUAUAUUUUUUUUGGAUUUAAAAAAGAUAUUUUAUUUUUUGAUUAUAUUUUUAAUAUAUUUAUAUUUAAGGGCAAAAUUAGAAUUUUUAAAUCAUAUAAGGAAAGAUUGUCCAGAUUUAGAAAAUUUAUAUAAAAGUUACAUAAAUGUGGAAGGAUGUAAUUUUUGGGUAGCUGAAGUAUUUGAUAAUAAUUUUGGUUCAGCUAGCAGAACUACAUGUAGUGAUAUACACGAAAGAGACAAGAUAUUACUGGAACAAGAGGAGCAAGAAAAGCUGCUAUGCAAUGAUAGGGGUGAUAUGGAAAUGAAAAAUUCAGAUGAAGAAAAUAAUAAAUACUUGAAUGACAUCUCAUCUAAGAAUGCAAUUUCUGAUCCUAGUGAAAAACCAAAUGAACUGAAAACAUUAAAUAAAAAUAAAUUAAACAAAAAUGAAGAAAAUAAUUCAUGUUCUAACAAUUCUGAAACAGAAAAAGAUACACACCAAAAUGGAGAUAAUAAAAAUAGUGACACUUGUCAAAAUACAAAUUGGAAAGACAAUGGAGCAAAAGUAAAUUUAGUCAACAUAAUAGAUCAUGAAGAAUGCACCCCACAAAAUUAUAAUGAUAUAUAUUACAAAACAAAUAACAAUUCUCCUUUUACUGGUGUUGAUGUGUUGACACAUGGUACUGAUAAGAAUGACAGUGGUAACGUUAUUACCCACAGUAACAAAGCACACAAUGUAGACAUCAACAAUAUGAAUAAUACCAAAAUGGAAUAUAUUUUGGAAGAAAAAGAAGGUAGAGUUGUCAGUAGUGAUGAUAAAUCAGAUAUUGAUAGCACGACUUGUAGUGACAUAAAAGGAAAAGAAUCACAAAAAAAAAAUGAUAAAACAAGACACUGUGAGGAAAAUAACAAUGAAGAGGAGGAGACGAAGGUGACGACUGGGGUGACAGAGGAGUAUAAUGUUAGAGGAAAUACAUACAGCGUGACAAAUGAAGAUAGAAAUUGCAGCAGUAGUAUAAGAGAUAACAACAUGGAUAUACAAAAUAAUAAAUCCAAUGAAAGUGAAGAAAAAACAAAGCUCCUUUGUAAUAUAGGAGAAAUUUCCAAUAAGGAACUGAUCGAAAGUAGAAGAACAGUUCCAUUCAGAUUAAAUGAAAUCAGAAAAAACAUUUUCAAUAGAAAAACGAACGAUGAUGAUGAUUCAAAUUUUCGUUUCAUGACUAAAAAAAUAGUAGGAUGUGUAGGAAUUGUACCAUUCAAAGGAGAUAAUUCCAUUGCACAGUUGGUAAGGAUGGUAGUGAAAAAAGAUAAUAGAAGAAUGAGGAUUGGAAGUAGAUUAUUAACACAGUUAGAAAAUUUUGCGCAUGAACAAAAUUAUCAAGAAUUAAAAGUUUUUACAAAUAAUUUAAAUACAGAUAGUUUGUAUUUUGUCAAACAAAAUGGAUUUAAUUUAUCACAAAUUGUUAGAAGAGGAUUAAUGCGUGGAGACUUAUUAAUAUGGUCCAAAAUUCUUAACAAGGACGAUUUCUACAAAUUUAAUUCUUCAGGUACUAAUCACUAUGUGAAAUCGAUGAAUUUAGGGGAGUAUUGA